AAAAAAAAGACAAAGGAAAAAAAAGCCGAUUGGGCGAUGGAAAAGAAAAGCCCAUGGGCUUGCUGGCGCCGCUCGGCCUUGCUCCUCCCCUCUUUAAAAUCACCUCCCUCCCGCUGAAAUACUAACCACCCCACGAGAGCUCGACCACCGCUUCAGUUCCGCGCAUCCCUCCUCGCCCUCAGAACGCCCCUCCCCUCCUCCUCCUGCAAACCUGCCCACGAGAAGCCCUAGUGUAGGGCAACGAUGGAUUCGAAGUCCAUGGUGCUGCGCCUCCUCCGCCGCCUGUGCGCGGCCGCGCCUGGUGGUGCGUGGAAGGCCGGCUUCGUCGACUUUCUCUGGCGCCUCUGGUGCCGGAUUCAGGCGGCCAAGAACUGGCAGCAGGGGCGGAGCCCAUUGGGCUGACCCUGAUGCACAGGAAUACGGGCCCAUCUAAUUUUUUAGUGCUACCUACCACCUAAAAAGGCCCUGUGCAUCAGGUUGGCCCAACAUCAGUGCAUCAGGGUGUCCAGACUUCACGCACGCACGCCUCCGCAAUGGGCCAAUACAGGCCACGCACACACGCACCUGCUGUUUGUUCCCCAGCCCAAGUCACGUACGCACGCUGUAAUCAAUCGAUCGAUCAGUUUCCCGUGUAGACGUACGUGCGCGUACCAAGCGGCCGUGAAAUCAAUCGAUCCAUACGACCUAUAUACGCCUCGCGUACACAGGCGGCAGCGAACCGGCGACGUCGGACGCCGCAGGCCGCAGCACCACAGCCACACUUGAGUUCCGCGCGACACCUACCGCACGUCGCAAUUUCGUCUUCGGCUGGCCCUCCUGCUCUCUGCAAUUCGGCGACCUGUCCGAGAGAUCUUCCGUUCUGUCUAUAGAUUGGAUAGGAAGGAACCCCAAUUCUGAUAAUAUUGAGAAGUUUCUUCUCAAAAGAAAAGCGCCAUCACAAGAUGUUUUGGAAAACAUAAUUUGGGGAGAGAGGAUUCAAUAUGAUCCGGGCAAGAGAAAAUUGAAAGAAUGAAUGAAAAAGGCCAGCAAUGCUCAAGUUGUUGAAUAUUUCGUCGCUCGGAGGUGUAGGAUGUACUAAAGGUUACUGAACCUUGUUGUCCAAUGAUGUAUUCUGGAAUUUGGAAAUGCAAGACAUCCAUUUUCAACUCCGCCCCUGACUGGCAGGGCGCGUCCACGGUGCCGGUCGCUGGCGCCCGCCCGCUCGUAGGCAACGCCGAGCCCGCGCUCGUCCGCAACGAAGACGACGACGACGACGACGACGACGACGGGUACUCCUCUUGCAAGACUCAGGUCCGCGACGACGACGACGACGACGACGACGGGUACUCCUCUUGCAAGACUCGGGUCCGCGACGACGACGACGACGACGACGACGACGACGACGACGACGACGGGUACUCCUCUUGCAAGACUCAUCCCCGCGACGACGGCCGCAAGAAGGAGCUUCUCCAGGACUCCGCCCUCGCCGGCCCGCCCGCGCUCGGUGUCACGGGCACCGACCUCGCCGGCGCGGCCGCGUUCGGCAUCGACUCCACAGGAAAGAACGCCUACCUCGCCGGCCCGGACGAGCUCGGCAAGGACGACGUCGGCAAGAAGGAGUGCGCGCCCCCGGCCGCGGGUACCAAGGACAACGCCGCCCGCAAGAACCAGCCCGCACCCCCUGCUCAUCCCUUUCGGCACCCUCGUCGUCCCCGUCGACGUCGUCGUCCUGCUCCAGCCGUUCGCUCGGAUGGUCUCCAAGAAGACGAUUCUUUCUUGGAGCCAGAGGUGGACGAGUGCAGGGACAUGCACCUUCGGUACGUGGCCGCUUGCUCCUCCCUGAAGAAGAAGAAGACUCUGUGCUUAGAGUGUUUCAUCCGCCAUGAGAGGAACCGAGCUGAGAGGCCGCCUGUCCCCAUCGGCAAUGACGAAGAAGAGGUUGAUCGCCAUAUGACUCGCCAUCACAAGAAGUCUGGCUCUGACUGGAGCAGGUGCAAGAGGCAAGGGUGCUACGCCAUGACGGUCACUCCCCAGGACAUGGGGCACCACCAGAUACACGCUCACCGGAUGUAGAUACAUUUCCUGUCGUCAUCUUGGUCAUUUUUCGAGCAAAGCCAAGAGAUUCGUAGUUAAAUGCACUGCCUCUAGUGCUAGACAGAUCAUGUAAAUGUGAGUAGCAUGUUGUGCCUCUGCUACAGUUCACAGGUGUAAAUUCAUACAUGUAGGGUAUUUGAUGAUGCUCUUAUUUUUCUUUCAUAUCUGUCUGUCAAUUUUUCUGUACACUGAACAAAACGAAAUUAGUAGCAAAUGCACCUA